GAAGAUCUCGUUCUGCUUUGCAUUCCAAACUGAAACAGUGCGCCGGAACUCUGCAUAGAUUUCAGGCCGGAGGACGGACGGCGAUGACUACGAGGAGAUGGUGGAAGCGGCGCGACGGCAGCGACGACGCCGACGAUCUCGUCCCCAUGGACACCCAAGAGCAGGAGGAGCUGGUCCGUUCCCUGGAGCAGAAGCAGGUGCACCAAAGCCGCCGUUGGAGGCUCGUCUUUGCGGGAUUCCUCCUGAGCUACACGGUCUUCCUCGUCUACUCCAGCUUCCACCAUGCCUGGUCUCCCUGGGAGCUGCGAUACCAUGCUUACUUUAUGGAAGAUUUGCCUUCGCCGAUGGUCAUUGUUGCAGAUUGGAUAGCUGCCCUUGCAUGCUUAUUCGCAGUUAAGGGGCUACUACAAGCAUCCAACUCCUCAAAGAAGUGGAUGUGGUAUUCAUUCUAUGUUGGCAUGGCGGUUGCCAUCUUCUGGACAUACUACCUCUUGAAGUUACCAAGGAUCCGAUGGGAUGUAGUGUGGCUCCCGCUUGGCCCUUUGAUUGCUUCUGCAUUGAGCCUCUAUGUGGACCAUAUGCUAAUGAAGUCGAUGCAAGAUAUCAGCACCUUGAGGGGCUACAUGUACAACUUCAAGUCCCUGUGAUGCUAAGCAUACUUCUCGUCUGGGUCAUGCACUUGCCUGCACUGUGUACAUGGGAUACCGCAUCAUUCGUUUCUACUUGCGACCUCUCGUUCUCGACUUCAGAACGUCAAGUCAAAAUUUUCUUCUUCUUCUUCAACAUCAAGUCAAAAUUAGUAGGGAGUACUAGUCUAGUUUCCCCGCAAAAAAACAAUAGUAUACUAGUCUAGUUGCGUCAGCUCUGCGUAUGAAUUAUCCCUGCUCGCCUAACAGGAAGGAAAACUGAUACGAAUCAUCUACUUCUCAAUGGCUGCUUGUUGAUCACUCUUACCUAACUUAGACCAAAUCCAACGGGCGACCUCAAAUGGACGUCUGUUUUGUCUGAA